GAAGUGCGUUGUGUUUCCGUCUCGUUUUCACUCAUAGAUAUGACGAAAACAAAGGACUCACACUUAAGCAGAAUCUGAGUGAUGCUCUCUUUGCAUCAGUAACAGAUUAUGCCGGAGUGAGCGAAGAUCAUGCGCUGACCGUGCGCCACACUCGGACAGUUUUUGACAGAAUUGCUGUCAUUUUUGAAGUUGCUGGUGCUCGAUAUAUGUAAACAAAAAAAGGGCAAUGGGAACCUUCUAUACAGAGGAAAAAUAGGACGAGAUGAUUUUUUUUCCUUUCUGAACUAUCAAGAGAGUUUUCAUGGGGCAGUGAGAACAACCGAGAACUGGGAAAAUUGCGAGAGUCGUUGAGAAAGUUUUUCAUCAGCCGUUGAGUAUGGGAAAUGGGAAAAAUCUUUCGCAGUCGAGUUCUGUCCAUUGGCUUUGAAUGUACGGGAAGGAAAGUUUUUCACCUUUCUCCACUUUGUGGUGCUGACUAAUUUUCCAAGAAGAAAAGUGUUGAAAAGUGCUAUUCCAAGCGUAUUUAAGGUUAUCGAGACUGCCUCAGGACAUUACGACUAGUCUGAUGCGUGAAUAUCCAGCACAGUUGAUGCUAAAAUCGAGCAAUUUUGUGUGCUAAUCCUGCUUUUUAGCUCGAUAGAAAUUCUCGGGUUUAUGUGUAUGCAAUUUUCCAGUGAUCAAUAACUGAGUUAAUAAUUCUCAGAUAGUGAAAAUUAUGGUUGAAAAGCUGGUAGGUCUCACGCUAUGGUUAGUGCUGGUGUGUGAUAUAAUGUAAUUUUUCUCCUAUUUUCUGUUCAAGAGUGGGUCGCGAAUUAGGAUUGUACUUGGAAUUCGAAAGUCGAGCAAAAAGGAGGAGAAAAAGAUCGAUUGGCUCUGGUUGAUGGCCAGUAUGUAAGCUUUUCACCGUCAAAUGAAAAAAAGUAAUAAUGACGAACUGCUUGAAAAAAGUAGCUAUAAGUGCGAUUUUCGACCUAAGGGAAAUAUAACAUGCUUUAUGCGCCUUUCCACCUGCACACGUCGGUAUUCAUCGUGCACAAAUAGGGUCUUGCUUUAUGAAGAGAGCAUACUGUGGUAACCGAAUUACUGUGUUAAUGGAUAGAAUUGUUCGACCAAACGAGAAACAUCAGGGAAAACUUGCUGUAUAGGAGAAGAUAGCGAAAAACGUGAAAAACCACAGUGUCUGUGUCAGUGCUAGGAAUUCGAAGAAAAUUAUGUAAUAAGUUGGUAUAUUUUCACUCUCCCAUCGUCCUCUACAGAGCGGAUUUUCCCUCACAAGUUUAACUUCGGUUGCGCUCCGGAUCGAACACAUUAACCUCUGAAAAGGUGUAUGAAGCCUGUGUUUCUAAAGUUGUAGUUGCUGCAAAAAUGGUUAACAAUUGACAGUAGAUGAAUUGUCAUUUUUGUGCAUUUUGGUAAUCAAUGAAGCUACUUCUAAUGGUAACCACAUUGACUUGGACUGCAGCUAACCACCAACAGCAUCAACAACGGAAGGAAAAACGGAAAAGUUGAUGAUUCAACCAAAAAGAAGAAGAAAUCACACAGAAAGAGAGUAUUGCCCCACCAGAAGAGAAUACGAGAGCCUAAAAGUGGAAGUAGUGAGAGCCACUGGUGCUGGUGGAAAAACAUGCUUUUUCCCACAACAAGAAGUCAGUGAGCUAUGAGCAGAAAAAUCGACUGAGUUAAAAUAGAACAAAAAUCUCUAGUGGAUUAGAACACAGUAACAAGUUUACCGAAUUUACAAAACUCCGGUUCAGCAGAUGUCAAGGUUGUGCAUUCCAGCAGCCUUCGAUUGAAUCAUCGAUUACUUUUAUAAAAACCGAAUGAUCCAUGUUUUAUCUGUGAAGCUAUGCAACCGAAUUACAAUUGAGGCACACCUCGAAUCUCGACGGUGAUUCAACGCGGGAUAAAUCGGAAUACCAACCGCUGCCAUCCGCGUGACGACGACUAACAAACGAAACCGAGAAGAAGCUGAACGUGAAAUGUUGUUAUAGUGUUCCCUAAAGACUCGGGUGUUUUUGGCUCUGUGAGGGGCUUGUUUUGUAUCGUUAGAAUUCGGUAGCGGAACAAUCGCACAGAACAAUGGCAGUUAGUUAAAAGUUAGCGGGUUUUUGGUGAGUUAAACCCAAGUAGCAGCAGUAGCAGCAGCAGCAGCAGCAGCAGCAGAGGAAAACCAACGAGAUCGGUUACUUUAUGCCCUAUUGCUGGUGUGCGUGUUCGUGAGUGCGUAUCUGCGCGUGUGUGUGUGGGUCAGGAACUACCCACCACUUCAAAGGAAAAUUUGCUCCUUUGUCACCAAAGGAUCUCUCAUCGGCAGACAAGAAGCUAAAUUUACACUUCACACUCACUGAGAUAUAUUUUCACUACAACUGUUACUACUAAAUCUACUAUUACUACUACUGAAUACGUUAAAACGAGAAGAGGAAGAGAAAAAACUGUUUAGAAAUUCGUAAACAAAAAAAAAAGAUCUACUAACAUCCCCCACGCUUUAAACAAACAAAAAACAAAAUCUAUACAUAUAUAUAAUUAAAUAGAAAACGCGGAAAAGUUCUUAAGCAACAUAAUAUAAGUAAGUUAAAUCGAAGUUAGUAAAUCAAAUUAAAUUCGUAAACGACACAACCAAACAUAAAAUAAGCAAAAUGGCGACGAUAGAUGGACGACCAGCGCAGUAUCAGAUCUCGCUGAAGAAUCUGCGCGAGAUCAUGGAGCACCGGGGCCGAGAGGGUGUGGCCAUCGUAAAUGAGUAUGGCGGCGUGCACGAGAUCUGUCGAAAGUUGUACACGUCUCCGAAUGAGGGUCUGAGCGGUUCGAAGGCGGACAUCGAGCACCGGCGGGAGACGUUCGGGUCAAAUAUUAUUCCUCCGAAGCCACCGAAAUCUUUCCUAACACUGGUGUGGGAAGCACUGCAGGAUGUGACUCUUAUUAUUUUGGAAAUUGCAGCCAUUAUCUCGUUGCUGCUAUCGUUCUACCAGCCAGCGGACGAUGACGAGCCGGUGAUCGAGGAAGAAGAAGAGCAUUAUUCAUGGAUCGAAGGUUUAGCAAUCCUGAUAUCGGUGUUUGUGGUAGUAAUUGUAACGGCCUUCAAUGAUUACUCGAAGGAAAAACAAUUUCGAGGCUUACAAUCGAAGAUCGAAGGUGAGCAUGUGUUUGCGGUUAUCCGAGGUGGAGAUGCGAUACAAAUUAACAUCGGUGACAUCGUGGUAGGUGAUAUAUGUCAAAUCAAGUACGGUGAUCUGCUGCCAGCAGACGGUAUCCUGAUUCAGAGCAAUGACCUUAAGAUUGAUGAAUCAUCGCUGACGGGCGAAUCGGAUCACGUGAAGAAGAGUGAAUCAACAGAUCCGAUGGUCUUAUCCGGAACGCACGUGAUGGAAGGCAGUGGGAAGAUGGUAGUCACUGCAGUUGGUGUUAAUUCACAGGCUGGUAUCAUUUUCACUCUACUGGGAGCAGCUGUGGAUGAACAUGAAGCUGCUGCGAAAAAAAAGAAAAAGGAUGCUAAGAAAACGAAGAAACUAAAGGAUGGCGACGAGAUUACGAACAACAGUCAUCAUCCGUCGUUGAAACCUCAGACUACUGUUGACUCGAUCACUUCCGAUGAUGGAGGAGAAGCCAAGGGAAGUAGUGGUGGAGGUGGAGGCCAUGGUGGCAAAGAAAAGUCUGUACUUCAAGCAAAGCUGACCAAAUUGGCUAUUCAGAUUGGUUACGCCGGUUCCACAAUUGCUGUACUGACGGUUAUCAUUCUGAUCGUUCAGUUUUGCAUUCAAACCUUUGUUAUCGAGCAAAAGCCCUGGCGAAAUUCGUACGCUAACAAUCUUGUAAAACAUUUCAUCAUCGGUGUGACAGUGCUGGUUGUUGCUGUACCCGAAGGUCUCCCAUUAGCUGUCACCCUAUCCCUUGCAUAUUCCGUGAAGAAAAUGAUGAAAGAUAACAACUUGGUACGGCAUUUGGAUGCCUGUGAAACAAUGGGAAAUGCCACUGCCAUUUGUUCGGAUAAAACAGGAACAUUGACUACCAAUCGGAUGACCGUGGUUCAGUCCUAUAUCUGUGAGAAGCUAUGCAAAGUAACGCCUAAGUUUAACGACAUUCCACGGAUAGUCGGAGAAUCGAUUGCUGAAGGUAUUUCGCUCAAUUCAGCUUUUACGACAUGUCUAAUGCCAGGAUUGAACCCGGGAGAUCCGCUACAACAGGUAGGAAAUAAAACCGAAUGUGCACUGCUUGGUUUCGUGCAAGGCUUGGGAAAGAGCUAUCAAAGUAUUCGCGAUGCUCACCCGGAGGAUUCCUUCACACGAGUAUACACUUUCAAUUCGGUCCGAAAGUCGAUGAGUACGGUUAUUCCGAAACCCGGUGGGGGCUACCGUGUAUACAGUAAGGGGGCUUCGGAGAUGAUUCUGAAAAAGAGCGCCUUCAUUUAUGGACAGGAUGGUGUGCUGGAGAAGUUUACACGAGAUAUGCAGGAGCGUUUACUGCACCAGGUGAUUGAACCAAUGGCAUGCGAUGGCCUACGCACGAUUUGUAUUGCAUUCCGAGAUUUUGUUCCCGGCAAACCAGAAAUUAAUCAGGUCCACUACGAAGGAGAACCGAAUUGGGACGACGAAGAGAACAUUGUGUGCAAUUUGACAUGUCUCUGUGUGGUUGGAAUCGAGGAUCCUGUGCGACCGGAAGUUCCUGAUGCUAUUCGAAAAUGUCAGCGGGCCGGAAUCACUGUCCGAAUGGUAACAGGAGACAAUAUUAAUACGGCUCGAUCAAUCGCUACAAAGUGUGGCAUUAUACGGCCUCAAGAUGACUUCCUGAUUCUCGAGGGAAAGGAGUUCAAUCGACGAAUCCGGGAUAGCAACGGCGAUAUUCAGCAGCAUCUGUUGGAUAAAGUCUGGCCCAAACUACGGGUGUUGGCACGAUCGUCUCCGACGGAUAAGUAUAAUUUGGUGAAGGGAAUCAUCGACAGUAAAGUAUCGGACAAUCGGGAAGUGGUUGCCGUUACCGGCGACGGAACAAACGAUGGACCGGCACUGAAGAAAGCAGAUGUUGGAUUUGCAAUGGGAAUUGCCGGAACGGAUGUCGCCAAGGAAGCCUCCGAUAUCAUAUUGACCGAUGACAAUUUCAGUAGUAUCGUUAAGGCCGUCAUGUGGGGUCGCAACGUAUAUGAUUCGAUAGCCAAAUUUUUGCAGUUCCAGUUGACAGUGAAUGUUGUGGCGGUUAUUGUGGCAUUUAUCGGUGCUUGUGCGGUUCAGGAUUCUCCUCUGAAAGCUGUUCAAAUGUUGUGGAUGAACUUGAUCAUGGACACGCUGGCAUCGUUGGCACUGGCUACAGAAAUGCCAACGACAGAACUACUACUGCGCAAACCGUACGGCCGAACGAAACCACUUAUCUCACGUACAAUGAUGAAGAAUAUACUUGGACAAGCCGUGUACCAGCUGGUGAUUGUUUUCGGUCUCCUGUUUGUUGGCGAUAGAAUUCUGGACAUCGAAUCUGGUCGUGGACAGCCACUGAAUUCCGAAGCCACUCAGCAUUUCACUAUUAUUUUCAACGUUUUUGUUUUUAUGACCCUUUUCAACGAGUUGAAUGCACGCAAGAUUCACGGGCAACGGAACAUUUUUCAGGGUUUAUUCACGAAUCCAAUCUUCUACAGCAUCUGGAUCAUCACGCUAGUAUCUCAGGUCUUCAUCAUCCAGUUCGGAAAGGUUGCCUUCUCGACCAAGGCACUCAACGUGGAACAGUGGCUGUGGAGCGUGUUCCUCGGUUUUGGUACACUGAUUUGGGCCCAGCUCGUCACGUCGAUCCCGACCCGCAAGAUGCCAAAGAAGAUGGCGUGGGGACGCGGUGAAGGUGCUGAGUAUGCCGAAGCGAUUCGGCUUGGCGAGGAGCGCUACGACUCACUGGAAAAUGACAAGAAACCCCGUGCAGGUCAGAUAUUAUGGAUCCGUGGCCUUACUAGGCUGCAGACCCAGCUUCGUGUUGUACGUGCAUUUCGAUCCACAUUAGAAGAUUUAGAAGAACGUCGUUCCAUUCAUAGCUUGCAUAGUCUUAGAAGUUCACGCAGUCAUCCCGGAGGUUCCAACAUCCCAACCGGCCGGCUAAUAGGUACUAAUGUUGGCGAUCUAAAGUAUAUUGAUGAAGAUCAAAGACUUCAUAAUAAUCAGCAUAUUAUAGAGAAAUUUGCGGUUUGGACAAAAUCGACAACAGUAUAAAUUCCUUUGAUAUACGAAUGAAGAAGGAAAGAUCUCGCGCGGUUUAUUACUUUCUUUCUAAUGUGGUUUAGAAAGCAAUACUUCUAGCUAAAAUAGACACUGUCAGGUAGAACGUGAGGGAGAGAGAGAGAGAGUAAAAGAAAAAUUAUUCAAGCGCAAUCGACGUCCGGGACAUGGAAAAGCCUACGCAACCGAUAAAAAUGAGGCACGAACAGCAUGCAUUUCGUUCGAUAGAAUAAUCUUUGAAGCUGUAUGAAUAUAUUGUAGGGCUUUUCUAAAAACAAAGUAGGCCAACUAGAUGCAAAACAGAACCAAGUGACAAACCAAUUUUCCAGUGAGAAAUGAGAGAAAUUGAGAGAUAGGUCGCAAUCGGACAGGAUAUUGAAUAGACAGACAAGACAGAAGGAUACCAAAUCGUUCACACCUUGCUGUGGUUUUCUCUGGAAAAGUGGAUUUAUGUAUGUGAGAGGAAAUUAAAACAAAAUACCCUUAAUCGAGUUAAAUGGUUUAGCGAUAGUAUUUAAACUAGUACGACACGCGAAAAAUAAGUAUUAUGUUUGACGAACAAACCAAACAAGCUAUUGGUAUAGUAAGAGUUUAAUAGUUUACUUAUGAGAAGCCACACUCGCCCCACUUCCACAAACAAGAUGACAAAACAACCACGAGAAUAUAUACUUUCAUACAUUGCGUUUGAAAUGAUUCACCAUUCACACCAAAAAUAAUCGUGCCCAUCACUCAUGUGGAACUUUUCCCUGAAAGAAGGACCCGCAAGAAACAAGCUCUCAAACAGAUCGUAGAAAAAAAAAAUGAUACAUAGAUAAAACCGAUAAUGAACUUUGCAAUCGUAAUUCGGAAAGUUUCAGGGUACUGUUUGUUUUUUAGUUUGUAACUUAAAAAACUACUACAAUUGAGACAACAUGGUAAUAGUUCAAUCAUAGUUUAAGAAAUAGGGUUUAAAAUUUAAUUUUCUCAUAGCAUUGCGAUGAGAACAAGAUACUACAAGUUCGAUUAUCAAACAGAUUGCAAAGGUAGUUAUGACAUUAUUUAUUUUCCGUCAAUAGUUUUAGUUAGCUUGCCAGUUCAAAACUGAUGUGAAUAGUUCUACGUGAUUUAUCUAACAUAAGCCCUAUUGAUUUCACUUCCAAUCUUUUUUGAUAAAAUCAUCAAAUAAUCGUGAAUAGUGUCAAGAAAAAAUAAAGCACUGUUUUUCUGCCUUAUAGUUAAGAAUGAUUGAAAAGCGACAAAGAUCCUGAAUCGACCUAGUAGAGGUGAAGCACCUUGCAUCCAAACAAACGAACCAGAAAUUCAUAAUAAGAAGAAUUUAUAAGAGCAAUUAGAAUAUCUCAAAAGACAGCUUACACACAACGUGAGCGUGAACCUUCAUUUUCACGUCACGACAAAAUCACGUACAUAACCUAAACACCAAACGCCGUUGAGCAACUGGAUUGUGUUGACUGGGAUCAAAACGCAUCCACAAUUCACAACCUAUGAUGCACAAGUAUGUGGGAGGUAGACGGGAAAAUAUGAAUCCUUGUCCGGUGAUGUUUUCGGAAGAGAAUAUUAGAACCCGGUGGGAACGGUGGAAGUUUUUUUUUUCUGAAGACAAUUGCUGUUGUAGCAAAGGAUUGAAUCCAAAUCUCGAUCAAAGCGGUGUACUACUGUGUCUGAAAAAUAUCUGGAAUGUGGUAAUAAAAUGUAUAUCAGUAUUUAUUCUUCUAAAUCAAUUUCAUCCUCUUCAAAGUAAUCCCCUCCCAAAAUGAUGCACCAAUGCCAUACGUUUUUUUCCAACAUCCUUGAAGUAUGCCAAAUAGUCCUUCUCUGGCAUGGCCUUCAGCAUCUUUUUCGAUACGAUUCUUCAAUCGGUUCAAUCGGAUCGAAACGCGUUCCCUGAAGUGGUCGUUUUGAGUUUGAAGCACAGCCAGAAGUCAUACGGGGCAAAAUCAGGCGAAAACGAUGGUUGUUGAACGAUAUUAGUUGACUUUUUUUGGUGGAAAACUAACGGAGAAUCAGUACAGUGUGAGAACAAUAUCAAUACCAAUUUGAUACCAAUCGAGAUUUGACGCGUUUGGUGCCCGAAAUAUCUUUCCAAAUGGUAUUUGAUAUCAGUAAUGUCUCUUAUUGUGAAUCGACAGUUUUCAAGUACCAUUUCAUCGAUUUUUUGAAGUGUUAUUCGUCCGUUGAUGUGGAUGGUCUCACAAAAACAUGCGUAUCUCGUACAUUAAUGACUGUUUUGGUUUGAAACUUGAAAUGGAAAUUUGAAAACUGUGUUGCUACUUAAAAAAAUAUGAACCAAUUAGUAUAAAUAACCCGCGCAAGUUAAAUUUUAAUGAUUCCAGGAAUUUCUCGGACACCGUAUUCCUGAAAAGAGACAAGAAUACCAGACGAAUUUAUCAAAUUUUGAAUGAUUUCAAAACGUUCACAGAUUUAUUCUUUGAAAUGUGACCAUACAAUUAUGUAUUUUCUGCGGAGAUACAAAACUCACUGAGAAAAUAUCGAUUUGUUUUAACUACUGAAUCCGGAUCGCGAAAAUUUCACUUUGUUUCACCUAACUACAGACCAAUUAGAAAAAUGUGCAUUCAAACAGGAUGUGGCAAUUUAAAGCACCUUAAAACUUCACAUUUAUAUACAGCCGUUCUAUGCAUUAUUAUCCUAUACUGUAAGUGAAUUUUUAUGUAUAUGGACAAUUAUACUUGGAACGGCAGUCUAUAUCUACACAAAAAGAUUCAUCAUUAAAAAAAAUGAAUAUUUUAUAUUUCAUCUCAUUAUCGGUCUAUAGCACAUUGUUCACCCUUUUUUUCUGAUUUUAUGACUUUAAACAAUGAAUUUUGAAAGCAAACGUUCUUAUAUUCAGCUCCACAAAAUUUUGGUCUCUAUUUCUUCUUUAUUAUGGGAACACUACAGAGUAAUAAAUUUAAUUGCAGCUCUCCAAUCUGUAUUGACACGACAAAUGACAAAGAAACGAAACAAACGUGUACUGGAAGGACAACAAAAAAUUAUGGAAGGAAUAUUACAUUAAAUAUUAUUGCAUUUCGUUUGUUUGCUUUCUGAGCGCGACAAAACUACAAUAAUUUUACUAUUGUUUUUUGCUGUGACAAAGUUCAUGAGAAUAUUUUCGAAAAAUGUUAACCACUUUUGAAAAAUCGUUUGGGUGCGUUUUAUCUCACUCUUGUUACUUGUUGUUUCCCGAUAUUUGAACAUUUUAUUAAAACCUCGGUCUCUUUAGUACAUAUCAGGUAUAUAAGUUAAGAAUGAGCAAUAAAAAAACAAACGCUUAUUUUAGAAGGAAAAUGAAAAGUUCGUUUAUUAAUAGUACUGACCAUUACUAACAACAAUAUUCCUCGCCUUUCUGAUAAUUUGUGAAUUCGUCGCUGAAAAUAACCGCAUCUUUUGAUUCAAGGAAAGAAUCGACCCGUUUUUUUCACUUUUUCGAAGUCCGUGAAGUCCGCGAGUGCGUGUUGCAUCAACGCAAAUAGGUGGUAAUCUGAAGGGGCGAAGUUUGGUGAGCAAGCUUCACACAAUAACACUUCCAAUUCGAACUUCUUUAUCUGCUUCCGAGCUGGUUUCGAAAUGUGAGACGAAACAUUAUCAUGAAGGAGUGUCACUUUUCUUAGCUCGGUUCAAAUCAAUCAUUUGUUGUUUGUAGUGUUGAGUACUAGCCGUUUCACUUGGUUCCAGUAGCUCAUAAUUGAUAUCACUACACUGAUGAUUCGACCAAACGUUGAUGAUUGUCUUCCUGCCGAUUCGAUUUGGGUUUUCAGUAGAUGAUGAUCCCUUACCAGAGCUAACCUAGAGUAUUUGCAAUUGUAAAUGCUCAUUUGAACCCUAUGUAAACCUUUAUUCUUGAAAAGAGACCAUCAAUGUGGAAACAUGUCAACCAGUUUAACCCAUCAUAACCCGGGGGUUUUAAAAUUUGAAUCAACUGAACUGAUAACAUCAUAUCAUGUGUUGAAGAUUAUGGCAAACGCAAAACCACUGUUAAAAAUCUUUUCUAAACGAAAUUAAAUAAAUUAUGCCACCGUAUGAUAUAUCAUACACACAAAUGUUAGCUUCAAAUUUUACAUUAUUUUAGACAUUAUUUGGGAUUUUUUUCAUAGAUAUAACCUUUCCAGAGCCUCUGCUAAUGUUUUGUCACAAGAUAUACGUAUUAGCGCAUAAUUUGACCAAAAAAAUCAAAGCAAUAUAUAACUUACUCUUGCACUACCAUUUCUAGUCGUUAGUAGGUCAAAGGUCAAGGAUCAAAAUACAAUUAAAUUUUGAAAAACAAACAGCAGAUUUAACACCCAAAGAAGUUGCGUAGUGUAGUUUAUCUGUUUUUGUUAUCGUGAAGCUGUUAGGUAGUGCAGUUCCACAGUAAACAUUUUUUGAAAAAUAAAUAUUUCUGCGUAUGAUAUAUCAUACGCUAGGACAUAAUGGGUUUAAAAAAAUGCUACUUGUGCAUGUGAAAUUAUGCUGAUUGAUUGCUUAAUCUCAUUCAAAGAGUUCCCAAUGAGUUCUGUAUUCAAAAAGAUAAACUAUGUGAGGUAUUCCUGUCGUUCCCAAAGAUAAGAGUGCGCUACAUUAGUUUUAAAAAGAAGAAAAUCGUAUCCAAGCGCCCGUCGGCUUUUUGGCUACCUGGGCAGUCAUGGACACCAGAUGGCUACCAAAAUUGAUUCAGUGACGGCUGUCAAAUCAAAUUUGGCAAAAAAUAGUCGCCUGUAUCUUAGUUAGCCGAGCGUUUUCAUCUUUUCACCUUCCCUGAAAAUGUCAAAAAUUUCGAUGUGGAAAAAUCCUGGUGGAUACGGUUGUAUCGUUUGAGUUGCAUGUCUGGCAGCGGUGAGGCAGUCGGUCACCAGAAUGUCUGUCAGCCAUAUUUUUCCCGCUGGCAGCGUUUAGUCAGCCAUCUGGCAGCCAUGCCCCUGCGAGCGUUCACUGAUUGCAAAAUGUUUCUGUGUUUCUUCCGAUUGACUACCUUAAGUUGCGAAUAUAAUUUCAAAUUAUACUCUCAAACAUUCAAGGAUAUCAUCGUUCUGUCACCGAAUGAAACUUCAUUUCAAUUACUUACACAUAACAAAUAUGCUGUGAAGAUUUUUUUUAUGAGCUGAUCAAUUGGUUUCAUAUUAAGCAUCGCUUUAAUCGUCCUUUCUAUCCCUAAUUCUAAAAUUAAUUGUUUACUUUCCAUUGGGUUGCAUAAACUCGAAUGGAGUUGUCUUUAAAAGAAACAUUUGGAGAAACUGUCCCCACUGCAUGGUGAAACCCGUCAAUACUGACAGAUUGUGCGAGGCUACAAUGUUCCCUGUUUCUGGGAUAAUCACCAAAUGUUCAGCGGUUACUGUGAUUAGUCAUUGAGCUACACAUCUAGGGCGCUGUUCAAUCGAAUGCUUCGCGGAUUACUGCACCAUCUUCCAAGGCGAGUUAGUGAACAAAGACGUGCAUCUGGAUCGUUAUGUAAUGUGGAUCGUUAUGCAACAAUUCGAACACUGAGGUCUGAAUUUCACUAGCGUGAAAUAGUGUUGUAAAUCACUGGCCCAUAAAAACGUGAAGUGAAGUAUGUUGGAAAAAAAAAACUGUAGCUAAGUGAUCAAGAUAAUCUAUGAGAAACAGAAAAAAUCAUUGUAUAAUUAUUAUUUCUAUUUAAGCUCGAUCUGCAGAAUCUAUGUUGAAAUGUUCUUAAACGACAUAAACCAAAAUCGUUCAAUGUGUUUCAAAACACAAGCCGGAGAGUUCAAAAUUUUAAAUUGCAUACAUUCUGUCAAGAUACUUACCAUCGGUUACGCGAAAUACAGUAUCUAAAAGAUGCCUUUGAAAUUCCGGCUUGAGUCUGUGGAAGGACUGACUGGAUAAUUUCCAUGCAUACCUAAAAGGAUAAGAAUACACGACAAAUUUAACUGCAGUCUAGUGUUUUCCGUGGAGCCAUUGGCAUAAAGGUGCUCUGUUAUAUAUUACCCCACAGAACUAAGCAAAUACGUUUCCCACAAUCCAAGAUCACUCGCAUACCGUAUCUGUUUGCUAUUGUCAAAAUAGUACGGAGUGUUAAGAUUACUCUUAAAAUAAUUAUACUUGACAAAAUAGGAUCGAGCAAAUGAAAAUGAAAAAAAAGAAACAAAAGUUCUUAAUGCAUGUGUGAACUUACAAGGAUAGAAAUAAUCUGCAAAUAUGACCAAAUACUAAAGCAAACCAGUAGCACACAAAGUAGCAGAUGGUGCUGCAAAAGCGAUUUCUUGUAAUAUAAUAAAACUUAAAAACGGUAUAACUAAUUAAAAUCAACUAAAACUAAUCACGAUGGUCGAGAUAAUUACGCAAUAAAAACACAUUUUUACAUCAAGGGGAACUAAAAAUUAAUGCAAGGUAUUUUUACUGUUAACACAAUUAUCAGAAGAAGGAAGCAUUAAUUUUUCGAGAGAGAAAGAGAAAUUCGAUGAUGUGAACAAAUUUCUUCAAGGUACUGUAAAGAAAAUGAAACUUAAGAGGUGAAAUAAACCCAAUGACAAACCAAAUCUACAACAACAAAAACGUAAUAAAAGCUAAAAUUUAGAGAUUAAAUUAGGCGUUCGCUGAAAAAUCGCCGGAGAAAACUAAUGUCAGUUUUACGUUGAUAAAAUGUAAUAAGAGAAAUAUUGUUGAAUUAAGCGCAAAAUAAAUACCGCGAAAAAAAAAUAAUAAACCGUUGAAACUAGUUUAAUAAAGUCAGUAAAAUAAAUCAAUAAUCAAGGUCACGGAAAAUAAGAGGAACGAAGGACGGAUGAACAGGAAGUGUAUAGAGAAGGUGAUAUGAUAUGAUAAAAAUUGAAUCCUUAGAAGGAACUAUAAUAACUAGUGAUGAGAACUGUUUCAAAAGAAUAGCAAACAGCGGUAGAUGAUGAGAAUAGUCACUCGUGCAUUUCAUUUUCGUAUUAUUACAUCCCAAACUCUCUGUUUCCUACUCCCCAUUUGUGACUUGUUGAGAAUCUUGCGACUAGAAGGGCGCUGAGGAUCAUCGAAAGUCGCAGAGUAUUUAUUAGUUACUAUUUUCAAUUUUAAAAUGAAAAAAGAUUACUAUACAAAUCUGUGAUAGGGAUGCUCUCUUUUUCUCGUUUCCGCCACCGUGGAAGGAAAUGCUUAUAUCGCCUUCAGACAGAUACCCUUAAUGUGCGUUGGCCGAUAAUACAACAACAAUGCAGAUAAUCUUUCUGUAUUUUGGAUUGAAAAAACCAAAAUGCAUUCAUGUUUGUUUAUUAUAAAAAUGGACCUAGCUUGCUGAGAAAGUCGAGUGCAAAACAAUUUAUGGUUCGCUACGACAUACGGGACUGCACAGCCCCAUUCGUGUGGGAAAACAAUCCAUCACAGUCACAGUCCAGUGAGCCUUAACUAGUUGUCACGGGUUGCUUUGUUGUUCUCUUCAGCCAGUAAUGCUUCGUGAUUAUGGUCUGUAGUUCAGUUAUUCCGGUUUAAAAAACCGAUCAAACCAGUGUAGUUUCGUAAAAAAAGUCUUUUGUUGUGCAAAAAAUCUACUGUAAGUGUUAGAAAUUAGCCAACUCAUCAUUUGGCUGAUAACAUAACUAAAUAAAUAAACAGUUUUAAACAAAACAUCAUUAAUAGGAGACGUUGAGCGUUCUAAAGAAAAAGAGCAAAAUCACACGAAAAUCACAUUCUAUUGUGCACAUGCAUUUGAAAAUGAAAAAUACGAAGAAACACCAAAAAAAUCUCCCACAAAUAAGAGAUAAACAACUUGACACCGUUCGUACACAUUUAUGGACAUUUAUAUUUCUAUAGGAAGCAAACAAAAAAUCGAAAAUUUCUUCAAAAUAUGUGUGUGUUAUACUUACGUCAUCUAAGAUGGAAUAACUCGAUAAAGAAACUAAUUCAUAUAAAAAUGACACUUCGAACUCAUAAAAACACACAUCAGUUUGUUAGCGAUUGUUCACAGACUAGAUAAGAGAAAUUAUAAAACAAACUAGCAUCUACACAGGAAAUUUGCCUCUUUAAAAAAUUAGCUUCUAUCGAAACUUUAGUGAUUUACUUUAAAUUUAAAAUCCACAAAACUUAAUUUUUUGCUUUGAAUUUGAACGUUUUACACAAUACUAGCCAAAAGAAAAAACGUACGAUUGUUAGGAAAAAUAAAAUUCGCGGGUAAACCAAGCAAGCAAACAGUAGGAAAUUGAAUAUACCGUGUAGUUGUUUUUACUAUGAAAUGAUCAAGUGCACAGACUUGAAAAUAUACACAAUAUAUAUGCAACCGAACUGAGAUCAGAUCAGGUGCUGCAGUUCCCUUUUUGUGGUUUGUUUUCUGUUGCAACUAUUUUUCAGCACCUCAUUCUAGAUAUUCAAGUAGGUCAGACAAAGACCAUCGACCAUCGACCAUCGAGUGGUCGCGAGUAAUACGAUGCAGGCGAGAUGUGAUAAUAAAGCACGGAUAUCGAAGCUACGAUUUCAGAGUAUUGCAGUUGAGUAGUUUAUUCGAGCCUCAAAUUGGAAAGAUUAUUGACAUCAGUAGAAUCUUAUCACAUACGAUUGUUCUGUACACUUAGAAUUGGCUGCAAAGUCGGUUGAAAUGCAUGGAAUGACGUUCAAUCUCAACUUUACUUAUCCUCUAGAAAUCGUGUAGUUUCUUCGAUUCUACUGUUAAAUCUUUGCGUUGAUUGGUUGUAAGCAGAUUUCUCGCAAACCACACUCUAGGUCCUGCGCCCAUUUUGACAUUGGCCUAUGAAUGGGUGGCAGCAGACUGUUUUUUCUGUCUGCUGAUGAGGAAUGAGUUUUACAAUCACAUCAGACCCGAACUAAUUCAAGGCUAAUCUGAUAAUUGUUACGACUAGUCUUGCUUGCAUUUAUUGUAAUCCUUUCCUAUCCUUUCAAAAUUGCAAACUACAUAAGUGUCCGGUUUUCUCGAGAAAAAAAAACCCGAUACCAAAUCCCUUUAGAUUCUUAUUUUAUAUGACAGCGAGGUUGUCAUCGAGACAAGAGAAUAAAAAUAAAUAUUCUAGCGAAACGAUUAGCCGUUAUGAAAUACGUUGCCGUUUAUUGUUUUCAUUGAUAUUUAAUAGUAUGAGAUUUAUACUACAUACCAUGUUUACAUUUCAAUUUUUUUAAUAAGUUUGCGCCGGUGGGUUUCUAGAUUCUGAAGAAAACAAACACCAUGCGAAGCACUCAAAUAUAGUAUUUGAUGUAUAGAAGCAGAUUAAAUGAGAUUAAAGUGAGGAAAACAACAGCUUCUGUCCUUUUGUACUGUGUAUUAUACAAACUGUUAUAAUUACGCACAAGGAAAGGGAUAUAGGCUUCUUGGAAUUUUACCACAACAUCAAAACAACACGAUUUCAAUCACUGCAAAACCAUAUAUGUGUUCAGAAAGUUACUCCUCCACAAAUCAUGAACAGGGAGAAAGAGAACGCGAUAACAAACCAAAUGCAUGCAAAAAUGAAGCAGGUACCAAACAGCUGCGUGGAUAUGAGAUCACCCUUUCGACUUCUCCAUCCUUUCCCUCACAUAUGCAUACACACUAGUUGCAGAAGGAUACUUCCCAGCAGAAAGUAAGCCCACCGUUUGCGCGCAACAACACUAAACUAUAUUGUAUGUAUGUAUAAAUAAAGCAUCACCACGAAAACCAAAACGCCUACUUAGUUCCUUUUUAACUCUUUGAAAUGUGCAUCAGGAUAUGGUACUGAUGAUCGAAUUUCACAUUGUUUCGAACCGCAACAUAGCGCCAAAAACGUCAAACUGAUCUCCAUUUUGCUCCACUCUUCUGUCCACGACCAUUUUCCUUACUCAUUUGAAUGUAAAAGCACUUCUGUCUGGAAGACAAAAAACCCAAAUGAACAAAAAACAAACAAAAGAAUUCGUUGAAUUAGGUUCCAGUUAAUACUUAAAAAUAGUGACCUACCUUAGUCUGUAUAAAGAAAAGAAGGCAAAUGUUAUUUAUUUUAAAUAGUUGUUACAAAAAACAA